AUGCGACGAUCGGCCCCUUCGCUCGACGUUAUAGCCGCCCGUAAUUCCGCCUCGGCCGCCAGCAAUGCAGCAGCGAGAGCUACCCCGGGUCCGGCUGUGCAGGCAGGAAACGCGGUCGAAGAUGCGAGGGAUUCGAGGACGUCCUCGUCGACGAACUCGCCCGUCCCCGCCGACAACGAAGAGUCCGACUUCUUCCAGGUAGCGAACGAUUCCCAGUCUUCGUUGGGCGUCGUGCCGAACCUGCAAGACAUGCAGGUCGCCGAUCCCGAGUGCCUGCCCACCGUUUCGGCCCUGCCCAGCGAGAUACUCAUCAGCAUAUUCUCCCGCAUCAGUGGCCCGAACGAGCUGUUGAAUUGCAUGUUGACAUGCAAGAGGUGGGCCCGCAAUGUGGUCGAGAUCCUCUGGCAUCGCCCGACCUGCACCUCGUGGGAAAGGCAUUCGUCUAUCUGUACCACCCUCAGCUUGGAGAGGCCCUACUUCACCUAUACCGACUUCGUGAAGCGGCUGAACCUGGCUGCUCUGGCCGAGGAAGUGAGCGACGGCAGCGUCCUCCCCCUCUCCGUCUGCACCCGCGUCGAACGUCUCACCUUGACCAACUGCCAGGGCCUGACGGAUAAUGGGCUGAUACCUCUCGUCAAAAGCAACCAGCACCUCCUCGCGCUGGAUAUAUCCGGCGACAUCAACAUCACCGAGAUGUCCAUCAUCGCCAUCGCCGAAAACUGCCACAGGCUCCAGGGCCUGAAUGUGUCGAACUGCAAGCAGAUCUCGAACGAGAGCAUGGUCCAGCUCGCCGAGAGCUGCAGGUACAUCAAACGUCUCAAGUUGAAUGGCUGCGAGCAGCUCAACGAUGCUGCCGUCGUCGCCUUCGCCAACAACUGUCCCAACAUCCUCGAGAUCGACCUGCACCAAUGUGGAAAUAUCGGCAACGAACCUGUUACCGCCCUCCUGGCCCACGGAAGAUCCCUCCGGGAGCUGCACCUGAGCAAUUGCGAUCUGAUCGACGACGGCGCGUUUCUUUCUCUACCUUCUAACAAGAUGUACGAGCACCUGCGGCUGCUCGACCUGACUUCGUGCACCCGCCUGACGGAUCGUACCGUCGAGAAGAUCGUCGAAGUCGCGCCCCGACUGCGGAACCUGAUACUCUCCAAGUGUAGCAACAUAACCAAUGCCGCGGUCUACGCCUUGUCCCGCUUGGGCAAGAACCUGCACUAUCUGCAUCUCGGCCAUUGUAGACACAUCACCGACGACGCGGUCAAGCGCCUUGUACACUGCUGCAACCGCAUCCGUUACAUCGACCUGGGCUGCUGCAUGCACCUCACGGACGAGUCUGUGAUGCGCCUAGCAACACUGCCGAAGCUGAAACGAAUCGGCUUGGUGAAGUGCAGUAGCAUCACGGAUGAGAGCAUGAACGCAUUAGCCAGGGCGAACCACCAGAGCCAAUCUCGCCGUGCGGCAUCGGGCAGCGGCUCUCGUCGACACGAAUACCACACUAGCAGCUUGGAACGUGUUCAUCUUAGCUACUGCACCAACUUAACGCUUCCGAGCAUCAUCAAACUCCUAAAUUGUUGCCCCAAACUGACCCAUUUGAGUUUAACGGGCGUGCCGGCCUUCCUUCGCGAGGACCUCGAUACCUUCUGUCGCGAGGCCCCUCCCGAUUUUACCGAGCAUCAGCGUGCCGUGUUCUGCGUCUUCUCCGGCCAAGGUGUCAUUAACUUGCGACACUACCUUAAUACAACAGCGGAGUUUGACGAGUAUCACGAGCCCAGCCUAUUUACGCGACGGCGGACGAUUCAGGCCGACCCCGGCCCAACGCAAGUUCAGAACCAAGAACUGGGACCAUUGUUGGCUCCCGACCUCGACGGAUUCGACGAGGUCGACGGGGUUGAGGACGAUGACAUGGGCGAUGGUAGUGAGAUCGCCCUGGAUCCCGGUGCCUUCGGUAUGAAUGACAACCCCGCAAAUGGGGCCGCCGUCGUGGCCGUUCCUCCGCCUCCACCUCAACACGCGAACGUCGUCAUACCUCCCACUCCCCCCGCCGCAGCACUGCUAGCACCCGCUGCUCCUGGCAUUUCUCUCGUACCGCCAACACAAGACCCACGCGAGGGAGGGGUUUCGGCGAACGGUAUCCCGGGACCCAGUACGGCCGGCCAAGGGCUUUUUGCCAUUCAAAACCCCACUGGUCCUAGCACGGCGUCUAUGUUGGGUCGCGUCGAUGACGACGAUGAGAGGGAUAGGCCGUAA